UUCCUCCACUUUUCCGAAAAUCCUUGCUUUAAUGCCGUUUCGGAUCGAGGUUAUAGUGUAAUAACCUCACAUUAUGUUGCAAUCACUCGCCACAAUAUUUCGGCCGAGAUUUCCGAAAUUUUCUCAAUUAGCUAAAAGCGAGCUGAAGCGGCGGCUCAAGGCCGAACAGAAAGCCAAAGAGAAGGCGGAAAAAGCCGCCCAACAACCAGUGGAAACAAAACCCAAAGAAAAAAAAGAAUCAGAGGAGGAAAUCAGUCCGAACGAGUACUUCAAACUACGGACGCAAGCGGUCACGAGUUUGAAGGCGCUGGGCGGGGAGCACCACCCCUACCCCCAUAAAUUCCACGUCUCGACGUCGUUGCAGGAAUUCAUUGAGAAGUAUUCGAGUUUGAAGGAUGGGGAGGUGGUGGAGAAGGACCGCUUGAGCGUGGCUGGCCGCGUCCACGCGAUCCGCGAAUCCGGGGCUAAAUUGAUUUUCUACGAUUUGCGGGGCGAAGGAACCAAGUUGCAAGUGAUGGCGACUGCCAGAAGUUACGUGGAUGAAGAGAAGUUCGCCGAAGACACUGGGAAAAUUCGGCGAGGUGACAUAAUCGGGGUUGAAGGAGUCCCCACUAAAACUAAAAAGGGGGAGUUGUCCGUCAUGCCAACGAAGAUAAAAUUGUUAUCGCCGUGUCUGCAUAUGUUACCACAUUUACACUACGGUCUUAAAGAUAAAGAAACGCGAUUUAGACAGCGUUAUCUCGAUUUAAUUUUGAAUAAUCGCGUACGGACGAUAUUCGAAAUUAGAUCAAAAAUUAUUUCUUAUAUGCGACGAUUUUUCGACGAACUUGGUUUUCUGGAAAUUGAGACCCCCAUGAUGAAUAUGAUUGCAGGAGGAGCGACAGCGAAACCCUUCAUCACCCACCAUAACGAACUCAACAUGGAUUUAUUCAUGAGAGUGGCGCCUGAAUUAUACCACAAAAUGCUAAUUGUAGGAGGGUUGGACCGGGUUUACGAAAUCGGCCGCCAGUUUAGAAACGAAGGAAUAGAUUUAACCCACAAUCCCGAAUUCACGACGUGCGAAUUCUACAUGGCGUACGCCGAUUACAACGACUUAAUCGCCAUAACUGAGUCCCUAGUGUCGGGAAUGGUUCACAGUAUUUACGGUACUUACAAAAUCAAGUACCACCCGGAUGGUCCUGACGGCGAAGAGGUGGAAAUCGACUUCACGCCACCGUUCAAACGAGUCCCAAUGUUCCCCACGCUUGAAGACAUCUUAAAAGUUAAAUUUCCCGCCCCCGAAGACAUCCAAACCGACGCAGCUAAUAAAUUUUUAAGUGAUCUUUGUAUUGCUCACAAUAUUGAGUGUCCGCCGCCUCGGACUUCGGCUCGUUUGUUGGAUAAAUUGGUAGGCGAGUUUAUAGAAGAGCAAUGUAUUAAUCCGACUUUUAUAGUCGAGCAUCCGCAAGUCAUGAGCCCCCUAGCCAAGUAUCACAGGUCUAUUCCAGGUUUAACCGAGCGUUUUGAGCUGUUUGUGAUGAAAAAAGAAGUGUGUAAUGCUUACACUGAGUUGAAUGAUCCUAUGGUACAAAGGGAGAGGUUUGAAGAACAAGCUCAGGAUAAAGCGGCUGGAGAUGAUGAGGCGCAGCUGAUUGAUGAGAACUUCUGCACGGCUUUGGAGUAUGGGUUGCCCCCCACUGGAGGCUGGGGCAUGGGAAUUGACCGACUUUGCAUGUUUCUUACUGAUAAUAAUAAUAUUAAGGAGGUUUUGUUGUUCCCAGCGAUGAAGCCGGAUGAUCCCAAUAAGAAUAAGGAGGAAGAAACAACGGAAGAAAAGGCGUAAAAUCAACCCUUUUUUAUUUAUAUUAUUAUUUAUUCGCUUGCUGAGUAGAAUUUAUACACUCCAUUGACUCUGAGUUUGGUGAAUAAAGCUGACUUGGUUCCGUU